GCAGGAGAAAGCCCCAGCAAGAACAGAUCUUGUGUCGUGCACUGUGCUUAUCGCCAACUGAUAAAAUGGUAGAUGCUUUCUGUGCCACCUGGAAACUGGUAGACAGCCAGAACUUUGAUGAGUACAUGAAAGCCUUGGGAGUUGGCUUCGCCACCAGACAAGUUGGAAAUGUCACCAAACCUACCGUCAUCAUAAGCAAAGAGGGCGACAAGGUGGUGAUCCGGACACAGAGUACCUUCAAGAACACAGAGAUCAGCUUCAAGCUGGGUGAGGAGUUCGAAGAAGCCACAGCAGAUGACAGGAACUGCAAGUCUGUUGUAGCCCUGGAGGGGGACACACUUGUGCACGUUCAGAAGUGGGAUGGGAAGGAGACCAAGUUUGUGAGGGAAAUCAAAGAUGACAAGAUGGUUAUGACUCUAACUUUCGGCGACAUUGUUUCUGUCCGUCAGUACGAGAAGGCAUAGAGUUUUCCUUAUCCUCUUUAAUUUGGUUUACAAUUGCUUUUCAUGGAGGGACAGAAGAACCUACGAUUGGCAACUUUGGAUCUCAUUUGUCCUCGGCCAUGACAGUAAAUGAGAUGCCCCUGAUCUUUUUAUACUACCAAAUUCAUACUCUGUAUUUCCACUUUUUAAUAAAGAGAUACAGAAAUAUCUA